AUGUCCUGCAAUCAUUGCAAUACCAAAUUCAAUUUUUUUCAUAGGGAGCUUGGAUGUUCGACUUGUGGACUAUCUUUCUGCAGCAAGUGUUUGAAGAAAGGGCCCAAUCUGUGCAAACUGUGUUUUUCAAAAUCAUCCUCUGGGCAGACCUCUGAACAGUCUAAUGUUCCUCCACCAGAUAAAUUCAUCAAGAGAUUAGAAAAUUUACAAAAUCCUACAGUUUCACCAGUAAAGAUUUACAAACAAGAUGUGGAUUCAGAUGCAUUCAAGAGUGGUCUUAAUGCAAAAGAUAAAGAGUUGGUGGAACGUUUAGAAAAGAUCAAGAAUGAUGGAAAAAGACCUGUACCUAGUGAUAGUGAAAUCAGGCAAAGACUGGCAAAGUUGAAAGGACAAAAUGAAUAUGUGGAAACUUCCAGUAAACCACUUUUCACAGUUGAUAAGAGAACAGACCAAGAAAAGAUUGAUUCACUUUUGGAACAGUUCAAUUCAGAGAAAGAUAUUGAACUGGCUCAUAAUCCUGCAAAUGAGAUUGAAGUCAGAUUAGCUGCUUUGAGAGAACAAGGAGUUAGACCCAAUGAAGGAUCCUAUAUCAGUAAUUUACAAGAUUCUAGUGGAUCAGAAGAAGAGAUUGAUAAAAUCACAAAGAAGGUGAUGGCCGAGGUAGCGCUCGAAGAGAAGCCACGCCCCCAGACCUAGCCACGCCUCCCGACCUGACCACGCCCUCCGAGGAGCCCCGCCCCCCUACCGACGAGCUGCCGUGGUGCGUGCUGUGCAACGCCGACGCCGCCUACCGGUGUCUCGGCUGCGACGGCGAUUUGUACUGCGCCGCCUGCAAUAAAGAGGCGCACGACAAUUUGGCGGAGGAGGGGCAUAGGGCGGUGCCCUACAAGGCCGGCCGGUGAGCUGUGUGCUCUUGUUAAGCAGGUAGUGGUUUCGAGUGUUGAAAGCCUUGGGCGGAUGCCUUACGUUGA